CUCAGUUUCAUUUCAGAGCAAAUCCAUUCUGGUUGUUCCUCCCACAUCACGGGCUUUCCACCGUCCGCUCAAGUGGCGCUCCCUCCUCUCCUCUUAUUGACUUCUUUCAAAGUUUUCUGAAGUGUAGACAGGCACAAAUCUACAAUUAGGGUUGAUAAAGUCGACGGAUAAAGACGUUGAGAUAGCAGGCUGCUGAAGAAGAGGGAAUCAGGAAUAGUGUCCGGCACACAUUAUGACCGCAAAAAGUAAACGUUUGAAGUCUGCGAUUCCUCUGAAGGAAUAUCGUUUACCUGCUGACAUGAAAAGUAUCAUAAGAGACCUCAAUAAUGGGAGCUCAACAUCAAAGAGAAAGAACUUGCUGGAAAAAGAGCUUAGAAUGCAGGAGUAUGCCAAGAGGUUUGACAUACUGCUGCACCUGGAGGAGCACGAACAAACCAAAUGCACGAGGCAGUCCUGCCUGUAUGACAUUCAGCUAACCAGAAGCGGGGAACUGUUUAUUAUGAAGGUGGAAGGUUUCAGGCAGCACUUUCGAUCUUGUCUGCCAGGAGACCAGGUGAAGAUCUGGUCAUUUUGGGAUUACCAGUGGCACCGAGCCACUGGUAAUGUCCAUAAAAUCAAUGGGGAUGAGGUACAGCUAAGCUUUGGCAAACGGCGGCAGAAGCUCUUCAAGGACACCAUGUGGUGCACCGUUCUCUUCACUAUCAGCCGCCUUACCACUCGUAUCCAGCACAGGGCAGUGGAGCUGGCGGGUACAGGCGGCUUGGAGAAGGUGCUGUUCCCGACUGGGACCAGCCCCACGCCCAGCCACGCCCCUCCAAUGGAACUCAGUCUGUUUGACCAAACUCUGAACAAAGAGCAGUCCACGGCUGUGCAUCACAUCGUGGCUGGCUCCUCUAAGCCAGCUCCUUACCUGGUAUUUGGACCCCCUGGCACUGGUAAAACAGUCACUUUGGUGGAAGCCAUCAGGCAGGUAGAGAAGACCCAUGCCUCCUGCCACAUCCUUGCCUGUGCCCACACCAACUCUGCCGCUGACCUGCUCUGUGAAAAGAUUAUGAACCCCAAAGUAAAAGUUUACCGCCUGUACGCCAAAAGCCAGGAAACAGAAAUAAACCAAAAUCUACAGUGUGUGUGUGCACAGCGUGCACAGUUCAAUUGCAACUGGGGAGAGGGCGGCAUCUAUAUCCCCGAUAAAGAAGAGCUGGAGAAGCAUAAAAUCAUGGUCACCACCCUUUUCUCCGCUUCAAGGCUGGUUACGGAAGGCAUCCCUCCAGGCUUUUACAGCCAUAUCUUUGUUGACGAGGCAGGACAACCUGCGGAGCCUGAAGGGGUUAUCCCCCUGGCAGGCCUACUGGACCCAAAGCGUGGCCAGGUAGUGUUGGCAGGAGACCCCAAACAGUUGGGCCCCAUCGUCAAAUCCCCCCUAGCCAAGAAGCAUGGACUUGGUGUAUCAAUGCUGGAGCGUCUGAUGGAGUUGAAUGUGUACAAAAAGACAGAGGAAACGGGCUACAACGACCGUUUCAUCACCAAGCUGCUGAGGAACUACAGGUCUCAUGACAGCCUUCUAACGAUCCCAAAUGAGCUGUUCUAUGAGAGCGAACUCCAGGUGUGGGCCGAUGUGGAUAUCCGCAACUCCUUAUGUAAAUGGAAGCACCUUCCCAGCAAGGGAUUCCCGCUGAUCUUCCAUGAGGUCACUGGACGCAUGCAUCGCGAAGACAACGCCUCACUGUUCAACGCCUCACUGUUCAACGAAGACGAGGUGGCGAUUCUAAUGCGGUAUCUGAAAAAACUGUUGGAAGAUGUCCUCCCAGAAGACAUAGGCCUCAUUGCCCCAUACAGGAAACAAGUGGAGAGGAUCAACAAGGCUCUUAAGAUCGAGUUCCCCAGAAACGCAGCAGAGUUAAAGGUUGGCACAGUAGACGCGUUUCAGGGCGUGGAGAAGCGGGUGAUUCUGCUGUCCACAGUGAGAAGCACCAGCCGGGACCCCAGACCCCCCUCCUCCGUGGGGUUCCUUGCUGACCCCAAGAGGUUCAACGUGGCCAUGACCCGCGCCCAAGCCCUGUUGAUCGUGGCGGGGAACUCACAGGCGCUGACAAAGGACAGCUGCUGGAGCAGGUUCAUCGAGUACUGCAAAGAACAUGGAGGUUACACCAAGACCAUGACCACCGAUUGACGUGCAUGCACGGACACACACGCACACUGACAACCACACUCACGCACACACAUACAACCUCCGCGCACACACACACACACACACACACACACACACGCACACACACACACACACACACACACACACACGCACACACACACACACACACACACACACACACACACACACACACACACACACACACACACACACACACACACACGCGCACACACACACACACACACACACACACACACACACACACACACACACACACACACACACAUACACCUUCUCCACACAAAAUGAUAUUAAGGACUAAAAACCUCACAUGUUAUUUGACAUUGUUGCAUCAGCCUAUUAGAGGAGAAUUUUUUUGACCAUUAGGCCUUCCCAUCGUUGUGAUGGAAAAUCUAUCAUAAUCAUAAAGUUUUUCGUUUUGAACUUAGGUUUUGUUUACUAUUCCGUGUCUGUUCUUGCCGUCCUGCUCUCCUUCAGGGUCAUCUAAAAUGUAAACCUUUGUGGUUGAUGAUGUAAUCUGUUCUCACUCUGUUCCUGUGUUAUCUUCUGUUGAUUUGGGCCUGUUCCUCGACCCUGGGGAGCGUCAGGAAACAAAGGGUUACAUGGCACGGACGCGACCCCUUAUUUAUGACAUCCUGAGGAACUUCAAUCAAUAGAUUACCAUCUGGUUAACAAAGGCUUUUGGUUUAUUGGGGGACAGCUUCCCUCAAGAACCCAUUCUAAGUGAAUAAGAACUCCUGACUUAGCCACUUUAGAGUAUGAAGUAAGACGCAGGGCAAACUCCCAUCUGAGGCCUCAGAUUAUUGUAGUGUAUGCCUGUUUUAUUGUUUGUUGAUGCAUGAUGUGAUGUAUCUUUGUUCGUACUUUUAUUACAAAUAUAUAUGACCACCAAUUGCCUACAAGUAUUGUGUGCUUUUUGCAUCUAAAUAUCUCAUCUGUCUUAGACGCAAACUCUUUUAAAGAAAUUGCCACGACAUCGUUCAGAAACUUGAGUUAUAAUCAUAUAGACCUAAAUAGAAUGUGACUUGUUUGAUUAAUAUUGCAGACAAAUGAAGGUGAUACACAUAUAAGUGAUAACGGCCUACUUUGCAUUUUUUCACAAAGGCCUACACACAAUAAUAAAAUAAAAAAA